AUGACCUCGGUGAAUGUGAAGCGGACGGCUUUGGAGGUUGCGCUCUUCCUGGCAUCUCAAGCAGCUUUGUAUUAUACGAUGAAGUGGGUAAUCGAAUCAAUAAACCCCGAGAAGAAAGACGAAGCAGUGAAAGCGAAGCAGUUGGAGGCGCUCAAACGGUUAGGACAUGCUGAGCUCAAGCUUGACGAAUACGAACGCAAAGUUGCGAACGAAGUUAUCCAUCCAGAUGAUAUACACGUCAACUUCAUGGACAUUGGCGGUCUUGACCCCAUCAUAUCCUCCCUUCGGGAGUCCGUCAUCUAUCCGCUCCUUUACCCCAAGCUCUUCAUGUCCUCUUCAUCUCUUUUGGGAGCCCCAAAGGGUGUUCUUCUUUUCGGUCCCCCAGGGUGUGGUAAAACCAUGCUCGCCAAAGCCUUAGCCAAAGAGUCUGGGGCUACUUUUAUCAACAUCGCAGCCUCGGUGCUCACCAAUAAAUGGUAUGGCGAAUCCAACAAACUCGUAGCUGGUUUGUUUAGUCUCGCGCGGAAAACGCAGCCGAGCAUCAUCUUCAUUGAUGAAAUUGAUUCUUUCCUGAGGGAGAGGACGAAGGGCGAUCAUGAAGUGACGGGGAUGAUGAAGGCGGAGUUCAUGACGCUUUGGGAUGGACUACUCUCCGCCACGGACCGAAUACUAGUCCUGGGUGCUACGAAUCGACCGAAUGACAUAGAUGCGGCAAUUCUGCGGCGGAUGCCCAAGCGAUUUGCGAUUGGAUUGCCGAAUUACGACCAACGGUUAAAGAUUCUCUCCCUGAUGCUGAAAGACACCAGGCUGUCACCCGAUUUUUCGAUGACGAGUUUAGCAGAACACACAGAGGGGUUUUCCGGUUCUGAUUUGAGGGAGCUGUGUAGAAAUGCCGCCAUGGUCCCCGUUCGAGAGUACGUACGGAGUUCGUCUGAUAAUGCAGACUUGUUGGCGAAGGGCCAACUUGAGGGCUUCAAUCUGCGGUCGUUAGCAUUGGAGGAUUUCUUUGCCCAUGACGGAUCAAGUGUUUUACCACCAGUGGAUAUUAUUGAGGACCGUUCUCGACUUGAUGAAACAGACGCGUAG